AUGGCGGCGGGGCCGCGGCGCUUCUUCUGCACGGCGGGGCGCGGGCUGGAGCCUUUCCUCGCACGGGAGGUGCGGGCGCGGCUCGGAGCCACCGAGGUGGACUGUGUCUCAGGAAAGGUCUUCUUCAGCACGGAGGCAGGGCCGCGUGAGCUGAGGAAGCUGAAGUCUGGAGAGCGACUGUUCCUGCUGCUGAAGAGACUGCCCCCGCUGGCAGCUUCCGGAGGUAAAGGGAGACUGCUGCAUGAGAUGAGAAGCCUCAUCCUUGAGGAGCCAGACUCUUGGCUGGAUGUUCUCUCUGCCUGGAGAAACCUUGGAGGAGGCAAAGGGCAAAGAGGUGGUGCCUGUGAAGGAGCCAAACUGCCUCUGAAGAGGAAAGCAGCAGAAGAGACCAAGGGUGCAGCUAAAAGGCUGAAAGCAGAGCCAGGGAGAGAGCUGGUGUCUGAGGAAGGGCAGGCAGAAGCUGGAGAGAAGUGUGUGGCAGCAGAGAGAAGCAGGGGUGAGGGCUGCUGGGCUGGAAGCAAGAGCUGCUCAGGAGAGCCUCCCCAGAGCAGUGCAGAGCAGGCUGGGGGGCAGGGGCAGCCCAGCUUCGGUUUCAGAGUUUCCUGUCGCUGCAGCGGAGCCCUGGCCAAAGUGCUUCCUGCCCAGGAGCUGGGCAGAGCCCUUGGCACGGCGCUGACGAAGCAGUUCGGGUGGCGCGCGGCGCUGCGAGACCCCGAGCUGGAGGUCUUUGUCCAUCUUAAUGACAUUCACACUCUGGUGGGGAUUCCCCUUUUCAGGCUUUCUCUGGCAAGCAGGGAGUACCUGAGGAGGGCAGGACUGCGCUCGACAGUCGCCUGGGCCAUGGCCUCCCUGGCUGAGAUCAGUGCUGGUGCCUGUGUGCUGGAUCCCAUGUGUGGGCUGGGAACCAUCCUGCUGGAAGCUGCCCAGGAAUGGCCUGAUGCCUGCUACUGGGGAGCUGAUAUCAGUGACUCACAGCUGGAGGGUGCAGAUGUGAAUAUUAGGACUGCAGGCCUGGGGGAUAAGAUUGAGUUAAUUAAAGCUUCUGUGAAAGCCUUGCCCUGGCCUUCAGAAAGCUUCGACGCUGUGAUUUCAGACCUUCCCUUUGGGAAGAAGUUCAAGGUCAGCAAAGACAUCCAGCUCCUUCCAGAUGCUCUUCAGGAAAUGGAGAGGGUGCUGCGUGUGGGAGGCACUGCUGUGCUGCUGCUGAGCCAGGAGCUCCAUGGCUCCAUGGAUGGCCUCACCAGGGCUGCUGCUCAGGACUCUCCCCGCGCCGCUCCCGGCCGCACCAGCCCAGCCACCACCGCCGCAGCCCGGGGCAGCCACGAGCAAUCUUCCCCCUUGCUGGAUGGAGCUGAGGAGCCCUUUCUGGGCAGCUGUGGGGCCCUGCUGCCAGCCGGUGUCUAUGGAGUCAGCCUUGGGAAGACAGAAGCCUUCAUACACAAGUACAGGAAGAUCUCUGCUGCUGGGAAGCCCUGGCAGCCCUGCACGCUGCCAAGGGGCACCUGGGACCCUGAGCAGCCUGGCAGGGACCUGCUGAAAGCCUGCUGA